AUGGGACUCUCCUCCAAUUUGUUCGUGCAGAAGCGAAGUGCUACAAGUAGUUUACGUCAACCGAAAGAGAUUGGUCAUUACAGCAAAACCAUAGAGAACGAAUUUAAGAUUUACGAUAAUUCCCAACUGAGUUACUUCUAUUUCCCGGACAGUGAUCUGAACAAAAAUCUGGAUUUGAGCGCAGGCAUCAAGAAAUUCAAGGAAUGUACCGAGGACCCAAAUUUUGACCAAUGCACUUUGAAUCCUUUACUUGGAACAAUAAAAGCUUAUGAACAACGCAAGGAAAAAAAAGUAUCUGCCGAUAUUGUUACAUUCAGAGGUGUAAUGCGGAAGCUCAUAUCUUGUGCAUUUGACAGUCCGCAAUAUAAUCGCGUGGAACUUCGAGUAGUUUCUUUUAAUGGCCAACUUUUCAUAAAAGAAGUUUCUGAGCAUCGUACAACUCAAGUCGACCAUAACUCGAUCGAACACCGUUCAUACUACAGCGGUUACAAAUUUGAAAACCUGACCACCCUGUCCAAACCUCUUUCUCAGGUUCCCAGAGGUAGUCUCGAGAAAAGGCCCAAGAAAAUAUGCAACAACGGAGAACAAUUCGUGACAGUUGUAAGGUCGGGAGUGGGCUCCUGCAAAUUAGUGAUGGGUGCAGAGGUAGAUUGUGUUUUUGACUUUUCCGAGAGUGGAUCUGAUAAUCUCAAACAUUACGCAGAACUUAAAUGCACUAAGGGUGUGUCCUCUGUCGCCGAAGCUCGCAGAUUCGAAAGAAAGAUUUUCAAGACCUGGCUGCAAUGCUUUUUGGUCGGCAUACCCCGCAUAAUCUAUGGCUUUCGCGACGACAACUUCAUAUUGAAAUCAGUGGAAGAGUAUUCGACGCACGAGAUACCCGUUCUUCUCAAGACGAACAACCAGCAAUUGGUCAAUGCAUGUGUAGAUGCUGUUAGAUGGUACGGGGCCUUGACAGAGUGGCUGUUAGAGAGUAUUCCCCGCCAAGAAGCAACUGAUCAUAUGAAGGCCUACAGACUUCGCUUUGAAAACAACCACUUGAAAUUAAGCGAAAUCGAGCAAGGUGACGAGGAAUACGAGGGAAUAAUUGAGGGCGAAAGCAUAUUGAGUUCCGAAUUUAAAGACUGGAGAAAAGAGCUUGCUACGAAGGAAAGUAGUUCUUAG